AUGGGCGACCUACCUACCACCCCGUCUUUCCGGCUGUUUUCGCAUACUUUUUCCCCUUCCUCAACAGAUCUCUCCCUUCCCACCAUCCUUGCAACAGUCCUAUCCACGGGUUCGACUUCGUCUCCGAGAGCCAGAAUGAUCUUCGUUCACCAGUGGUACCUUGGGACGCAGGGGUUCGGUCGCGUCGACGACUACUUCGGUUCAGUCGCAUGGACACAAACGUUCGCGUUCGCGUGCCUCCGUCAUCCUCGCCUUCCCAAUCACUCUCUUCCUCUGUCUCUUCCGUCACCGCAACACCAUCUGCAUCCGUGUAUAAUCCUGCCUUGGUUCUUGGACACACCUUCGGAGUUGGCACCAUUUAGUGUUCACUGGAUGGCGUUGGCGGGAAAGGAUUUAGGCAAGGACGUAGGGAUGUGGUUCGGGCCGAGUACAGCUGCAGGGGCUAUCAGGUCUCUUGUUCAUGCAUAUUCUGAUGCAGGAUUGGGUGUGGCUGUUGCCACGGACGGAUUAUUGACGCAGACAGAUGUCUAUGCGGCCUCUCAUGGUACCGCCUCGACCUCUUAUCCACGGCGAGGAAAAGGUGCCGCUCACACGUCUUGGGGUGAUAGGCCGGUGUUAGUACUUUUCGGAAUCAGGCUUGGCUUGGAUGGUGUGAACCCGAUAUACUAUGACACGAUCAAGAUGCUUUACACCUUCCCUCAAUCAGUGGGAAUUGCCGGUGGAAGACCGAGUUUGUCAUAUUACUUUGUCAGCUCACAGACAGACAAUUUGUUCUACCUCGAUCCUCACCAUGCCAGACCUGCUGUUCCCUUGCGUCUGCCUCCAACUAUUGCUCUUACAGGACCGGGUUCUGCAUUCUCUGCCGUCCAUGUCUCUCGGCCUAGUGGCUCCUCUUCAGGCUAUGGUACCACUGAAGAUGCUGGGAAGAACGCGAGUGGUGGUAGUUCUGGGAGUAGUGGUGGAAGUUAUCAAGGGCUGCAAGCAAUGUCUGGAUCGCCUUCAUCUACUCGUACUGGCUCAUCUUUCCAUACUCCGUUGGCGCCUUCGCCGUUGCAGCAGCAAUAUUCUCGCUCUCCUCCAGUCGCAGGGAAUAAUGGUGCAAGUCUUCCUCAUGCAGGUUCUUACAAAGUCAUCAGGCUGUUGCAUGGGAUAAUCUCAACAGGUGUCGAGGACGCUGGGAAUCCAAACGUCACUCUUCCGGUGGCGGUAGAGGUUGCGGUGGUGGUAGUGGUAGAGGUAGCGAACGAGGUAGUCGAUGUGGUAGCUGAUGUGGUAGCUGAUGUGGAGGAGGAGGGGGAAGUAGCGUACGUGGCGGCAGAUGUUGCUGCAGUUGUAGUCGUGGUUGCAGUCAUUACUGCGGUCACAGUUGAGAAGGAUCCAUGGAAUGUUAUGCACCAACCUCUAAGGAUCUUGCUUCCUGUGAAGUCGUAUCCUGUAGUACGACCCUUGAAAUCUGAGAAGGUCAUGGUGUCGGACUAG